AUGGACAAGAAGGACGCAAGGUUUACACAGAUCUAUAUCAAUGAGCGAAACAGCGCUUACCUAGGAGCUGUGCUUAAAAGAAGGCAGCCCCAAGCUGUGCUGGCUCCGAUAUCACCCAAUGAGCACCAAACCAAGAGAAAGAAAGAGUCUGACUACCACACUGAAACAAGGGGUGUUACCUACCAGCCCGCUAGGACUAUCGCGUCAUCGACCAGGAGCCAGGCUUCACGCGCCGACAUUAUAGGGGCUCAACUCGGAGAUCCCUGGCAGAAGUACAUUAGAAUCCUUACAUGGCUCGAUCUUGGCCCUGAGACGUUUCUCGCCAUGGAACUCUCGUCUCCCGGAAAGUUCGUGAACGUCAGAGCUUUUCGAGGAAGUGCAGCCGAGAGGAGUCUUCACGAGAUCCAAAAGCUUCGGCAUAGAAGCUUCAUUUCGGCGCUCGAGGCCUUCUCGAUCAGGGAAGAUGUCUACGUUGUUUUUGAAGCAAUGCAGCUGAACUUGCUGCAUAUUAUCUCGUGUACCCGGUACCCUAGUCCCCAUGAAGGCGCGGCGAUCAUUGGACAAGGGUUGGUCAAUAAGGAUGAAGGCACUGAGGGCGUUCAUAACAAACAAUGGCUCCCCAAUGCAGAUGCCGUGUCGUUUGUCGCCACGACGACAUCGGCACAAUCUGCAUCCGAGUUACAGCCGGUACUGGGUCUCACAUUCCACUUCCAUGUAGCAGUACUGACAGCUGGUCUAGCACGCGUUUCUGAAGAACUUCGGACGGAAGGAUGCAUCGUGGGAUUGUGGCUGUUUGCUGGUCUUGAUUACGAUUAG